AAUGGAAAAUACUAAUGAGGAGAUAACAUUAUUUCAAACGCAUUUUCAGUCCUUCACAAUUUUAAAAUAUUAUUUAAGUCAGAGGAAAAAAAAAUGUCAGGCUUUAUCUUCUAAAAUCUUCAUUUGAUCCGGUAGUAACAUUUCUGUGGUAUAGCCUUGGAAUAAGAAACCAAAGGGAGUGGCAGUGGAAGAUGGCCGCUAGCAGCGAUCCUAACCCGGAGGGUUCCGAUGAGCAGCAGAAACGAUCCGAGAUAUACACUUACGAGGCCCCUUGGCAUAUCUACGCCAUGAACUGGAGUGUCCGCCGCGACAAGAAAUACCGUCUCGCCAUCGCCAGCUUGCUCGAGCAUUACAACAACCGCCUUGAGAUUGUCCAGCUCGAUGACUCCAAUGGCGAGAUCCGAUCGGACCCAAAUCUCUCCUUCGAUCAUCCUUAUCCCCCGACCAAGACCAUCUUCAUCCCCGACAAGGAGUGCCAGAAACCCGACCUUCUCGCCACGUCCUCCGACUUCCUCCGCAUUUGGCGCAUCUCCGAUGACCACUCCCGCGUCGACCUCAAGUCUCUCCUUAAUGGCAAUAAGAACAGUGAAUUCUGCGGUCCUCUUACCUCCUUCGACUGGAAUGAGGCGGAGCCCAAGCGAAUCGGCACCUCCUCCAUUGAUACGACUUGUACUAUAUGGGAUAUCGAGAGGGAGACGGUGGAUACCCAGCUUAUCGCCCACGAUAAGGAGGUUUAUGAUAUUGCCUGGGGCGGCGUCGGUGUUUUUGCUUCCGUCUCUGCUGAUGGGUCCGUUAGGGUUUUCGACCUGCGCGACAAGGAGCACUCCACUAUCAUUUAUGAAAGUUCGGAGCCCGAUACUCCGCUUGUACGGUUGGGGUGGAACAAGCAGGACCCGAGAUAUAUGGCUACUAUAAUUAUGGACAGUGCUAAGGUUGUUGUUUUGGAUAUCCGCUUCCCGACACUGCCGGUAGUUGAGCUGCAGAGGCACCAGGCUAGCGUCAAUGCCAUCGCAUGGGCACCCCACAGCUCUUGCCACAUUUGCACCGCCGGGGAUGAUUCCCAGGCCUUGAUUUGGGACUUGUCCUCCAUGAGUCAGCCUGUGGAGGGUGGGCUUGACCCCAUCCUUGCCUACACCGCUGGGGCUGAAAUCGAGCAGUUACAGUGGUCAUCUUCCCAGCCUGAUUGGGUUGCCAUCGCCUUCUCCACCAAGCUUCAGAUUCUCAGGUUGUGAGAGCAAAAGAGCUGCAGACUCAUUUUUUUAGAACGCAUGGGAAGCAGUGAUUUAUGGACCCUGAACUGAAACACAAGAUCAAGACGACCACUCUUUGCCGUUUGGUUUAUGCAACAUAAUCUUUGUCGUUCUGUUGGACAAGAUGAGUGUGUUUUCAGUUUAUUUGGUUGUCUGAUAAGUUUGAUUAGUUACUAUAAAUGUGAUAAAUGAUGGGCAGGAAGAUAUGGGUGGCUUACCCUGGGCUGCUUUCAGAUGCUUGUGUUGUGUUAAUGUUAAAACUAGCUUUAGCCAUAGAAUUGUUAUAAGAAUGACUAAGUUCUUGAUUGAUCGAUGGAAAACCAAAUCAGUUAUAACCUUAUAGGUGAAAGGAGUGCUUUAGAAGGCAAUAUAGCAAUGCCAUCAAUGGCCAACUACAUGACUGAAGGACACCAAUUGGUUCACGUGGAGUGAAAUCUUUGUUAAGGGAGAAACAUUGUAAAGGGUGGCGGCAUGGGGACGAGUGGUCAUUAGUAGAGCAAUAUAAAAUAUCUGUUGUCAUGUCGCGUAUUUGACCUCUUGCAGUUGUGUUGGUUUAGUUUCACAAGUUGAUUUUCUGUCCCCUGUUUUUGUUAAAUACGCUGAGGAUGGUUACAGAGAAGUAUCUAAAAUCUUUUAGUAUGUCUAUACUUUGGAGAAUUCACUGUGAUUGCAUUUUACUAGAUACAUGAUAAACUUUGGCUGAUCAUUUUCAUUUCUAUUCAGAACAUAUGUUUAAUAUUAACAGUGUCAUUUUCUUAUUAAUGGUUUGCCGCAUCCUUGCUGAGAGUUCAAAUUGGGAAGUUUCCAGAAUUUAAGUAUCACUACAUGCAUCCUUUUGCCUUUAUUAGUUUAUCUCAACCUAGGUCAUCAUGCACAGCUCAAAUAUAAAAUAGCAAAUAGGAUGCCAUUAAUUGUCCUUUCACUUUUUUUUUCUUUUUUCUUUUCUCGGUAAUAGGCUUCUGAUAACAUUUUUUAGUCUUUGUUCCAGUGGUUUAGCAUAUUUAUAUAUAAUAGCAGGUUAGAAUUCGAAUCUAGUUAGUAUGGUCUUACAAGCUCCAACCUGCUCGCUUUCAUGCAGUAUGAAUUACCUUGCAGUCAUUUAGUUAGCAUGAAUUACUUUUAUAAUCUUGAUCUUAGAGAAAUUCCUCUUUCAGUUUCUUUUUCAGUAUUCAUCAGUUCCAUACAUGUUAUAUAAGAAGCAUACAUAUGUAAAGGAUGAGAAAUAGUUUCAUGAUCUACUUAAAUUCUUAAAUAUCUCAAUUUAAUAUCUGUGCUGACUGUUGAGAUUUUUAAUUAAUCUGAUGAUGAGUGAUGCUUCUUUCGGAGACUCAAAUGAGGUAGGCUGUAUUUCAUAAAAUCACUACUAGUAUAAUUGCAGCUUGGGGUGAGCAUUUGAUGGAUUUAAACCUUUCAAAAUAACAGAACCAACUGAACUCUUUGGAAGGAACUGAAAUCAUUGAACCGAAAUAAAUCAGUUUAGUUAGUUAUGUCAGUUGUUUGCUGAUGUAAUAGUUUUCCUUGGUGCUUAAACUGGCUACACUUGCAACCUAGUAAAAGUGUAGUAUUUCCAUGUUUGGUAGCUUGUGAUUGUUUUUAAUGCAGCAACUGAGGGCAAUAGCUGUUGAACUAGAGAGAAGUGGGCAAAGGUUCAUGUGGGUGGGGAGGAUUGAGGAACCCCCACCUCUCUGGCUUCAGAGAUCUAAAUUCUGACCAAUAUAAUGUGAAAAGAUACGAAUGUAUUAUGUUUUUUUUUUGUUCAAUACACGAAUGUACUAUGUUAUUUGGAUUUAGGUAUGAGUGUUGAAUAAGAAUAUGCAUCCGACUUGGGCUUAGUUAGUAUUUUGUAAAUCUUUCCAUAUAUUUGGAGGGCUCUUAAAGGUCAUGUUUCCAUAUCCGUGUGUGUGUCAUACAGAUAGUUAAAAAAAACUGAAAGGUUGAAGCAAUAUGGUGUAUGUAUGAUUUGGUUGCCUGCUUAAAGCUUUUGUAGCUAGGCUAUAGCUUAUGAUGUUGAAUGACCUGUUGAAGGAUUGCUGUGUUGUUGAACUGAGAAUGGUGAGGUUUAGGGAUAAUAGAAACUCUUCAAAGAAAAUAAUAA